AUGACAGACAGAGGGAACUUCAGCGCACCCAAAGUCAACUCCGGGGCUCCCGUGCUGCCCCCCGAGCCGAUCGACAUCAUCCGAAUCAAGGCCCGCUCCCGGCGGGUCAGGCUCAAUGUUGGGGGACUCACGCACGAGGUCCUGUGGAGGACACUGGACCGGCUGCCCAGGACCCGCCUGGGACGGCUUAGGGACUGCAACACCCAUGAGUCACUGCUGGAGAUCUGCGACGACUACAGCCUGGCCGAGAACGAGUACUUCUUCGACCGGCACCCGGUGGCCUUCUCCUCCAUCCUCAACUUCUACAGAACGGGGAAGCUGCACAUGAUGGAGGAGAUGUGCGCCCUGUCAUUCGGCCAGGAGCUGGACUACUGGGGGAUCGACGAGAUCUACCUGGAGUCCUGCUGCCAGGCGAGGUACCACCAGAAGAAGGAGCAGAUGAACGAGGAGCUGAGGAGGGAGGCGGAGACGCUGAGGGAGAAGGACGGGGAGGAGGAGGAGCACGGCUGCUGUCCCGACAAGAGGCAGAAGCUCUGGGACCUGCUGGAGAAACCCGGCUCAUCUGUGGCCGCCAAGGUCUUGGCUAUGAUAUCCAUCCUGUUCAUCAUCAUUUCCACCAUCUCGUUGUCCCUAAACACCCUGCCGGAGCUCCAGGUGGUAGAUGAAUUUGGCCAGUUCAAUGACAACCCCAGCCUAGCCCAUGUGGAAGCUGUCUGCAUUGCCUGGUUCACCAUGGAGUACAUACUGCGCCUGCUCUCAGCACCCAACAAGUGGGAUUUCAUCAAAGCACCACUGAACAUCAUUGAUUUGCUGGCUAUCCUGCCUUACUAUGUGACCCUCUGCCUAACUGAGUCGAACAAGAAUGUGAUGCAGUUCCAGAAUGUGCGCCGUGUGGUCCAGAUCUUCCGAAUUAUGAGAAUCCUGAGAAUCCUGAAGCUGGCCAGGCACUCAACAGGACUCCAGUCUUUGGGCUUCACUUUGCGAAGGAGCUACAACGAGUUGGGUUUACUGAUCCUCUUCUUAGCCAUGGGCAUUAUGAUCUUCUCUAGCUUGGUGUUCUUUGCUGAGAAGGACGAGGACGCAACCAAAUUUACCAGUAUCCCUGCCUCCUUCUGGUGGGCUACCAUUACUAUGACCACUGUCGGUUAUGGAGACAUCUACCCACAAACCCUGCUGGGCAAGAUUGUAGGAGGACUCUGCUGCAUAGCAGGUGUGUUGGUUAUUGCCCUUCCCAUCCCAAUCAUUGUCAACAACUUCUCUGAAUUCUACCGGGAGCAGAAGAGGCAGGAGAAGGCCAUCAAGAGGAGGGAAGCUCUUGAAAGAGCAAAACGGAGUGGAAGCAUUAUUUCCAUUAACCUAAAGGAUGCAUUUGCACGCAGUAUGGAACUUACAGAUGUGUUGGUGGAAAAGAAAGAGGACGGUAAGUGUCCUGUGGACAAUAACCUGUCACCCAGCCGCUGGAGCUAUCACAAACACUACUCCAAUACAGAAGUGGCUAGCCCAAGCAAGUCCCAGCAUUCUCAUUACCUAGAAGUUGCUCAGCUAGGCUCCCCUGAACGAGUCAAGCCUUUGUCUAAUAAAACAACCCCUCAAAACCUCAACGCAAAACAGCUGGAAGAUGCUUACAAUAAGACAGCUUCCAUCCAGGAGCAGCAGGAGAAAGAUUUAGAGGAGCGGAUGGAGAUGAAAGCAUUGACUUCCACUCAGGCACAACAAACUUCAACUGAAGUCGGCACUACCAGGAAAUUCUCCAAUGUGGAUGAUGAUUUUGCAGUGGAAAGAGGUGAAAGAAGCUCUCUGCUCCCCAGUGUUGAAGGAGGUGAAACUGGUGCUAGAUACCAGCGCAUCCCCCCUCCCUUGGAUCUAAGUAAGAUCAGCACCAUGGAGGUGGACAGGGGCAGUGACAGCCUCCAGCCAAUGGCCAUUAUUAAAGAGGGUUUGUAUGAGUUUAUGUCCAGUCCAAGAGGAAGUGCGACUGGAGAUGUGGAUUUGAUGCAACAGAAAGUGGAAAGCUUCGGGGAGACCAACGACAGCAUCUGCAGCUCCUUGCAAGAUAAUAGUAGCCCUAAGAAGACAAGAACCCUCAAGGUUGACUUCAUUGGAUCCCAAGAUGAUGUCCUUAUGGCAGUGCUGACACCUGUAGCAACCCCAGCCUCCACUGGCUCAGCCAAGCUUGCUCAACUACUUUCCGAAGACAUCUUGCCCAGGUUUUCUUCCUCUCCUAGCUCAGUAACCCAGGAAGCUAAGUCCCCACUGGCAAUCCUGCAAUCUCCGUUUCUGGCCCAGCAAUCUGUCAGUCCAAAUAACUCCCAGGGGGGAGGUGAGGGCUCAGCAGCCAGGAGCUUAGAAGGUGAAGGGCAGCUCACGGGCUUAAGCCACCAGGGGAAGAAUCACAUGGAAAGGUCUGCUGUCGGCUCAGGUAGCAGUGCUAGCCCACUGGCCUCUAAAGCCAGUCCACUCAACUGCACCCAGGAGCUAGAAACUAUGGAAGAAGGGGAAGAAGGAGAAGGAAGGGAAGUUGCAGAACAGAGUGGGGAGAAACAAGAAAACCACAUUGUUCUGGACAGAAGCGCGUCACCAACUUGUGAAACAAGCAUGUGA